CGAGACUGUUGUGUUUUAGCCCAGGCGACGACGUACGCGAGCGAACCUUUCCACGACGUGCGGACGCACGAUUGACGCGGAAAUAUCGUCCGUGGAUUUAUUAUCUCCCAAACGUCAACCAGAUAUCGGGACUUCGCUGAUCGAUUCGACUCUCGCUCGAGCAACGACGUAGAAAUUGUUAAUAUGGCAGACGGUUCGUGCCUCUAGUGUUGUUUAAGUUCGUGAAACUACGAGUGACAAAACAGUAGGUCCUGUUAACUGAAGGGCACUGUGAUGUGUAUGAAAUCCUGAUCGCCGCGUGCCCCAACGUCCACGUGCGUGUUCGCAGUUUGACGCGACCAAGUGACAGUUCGAGUUCGGCCGUUUCGUGUUCUCCGGAGUCCCGCGAAGACCCCCUCGCCGAGAGUCCAGAGAGGCCACCGACAGACACCACCAGCCACCAACCAUCAUCAGCAUCAUCAUCAUCAGCAGAAGCAGCAGCAGCCACUGCCAAGAACCUCGUGCAAGAGAGAGAGAGAAUCGACGACGUUCUCGCGCUCGUGCGUGCGUGUGUGUACUUUCUUAUCUCGGUGCUGCAUUUUAAUGUAACUGUCACUGAGGGGGCUGUGACAAGAGGAGGAGGUCACAAAUUUUUGUCAUGGAUCAUCGGCGAUCCCAUAUAAUCGAAGAGCUUUUGAGUGUUGUAUUAGAAAAAGAAAAGUGGAUGUGCUAACCAAGUUUUGGGGAAACAAGAGUGCUCGGUGGUGUGCCUGUUUUCGGGCAAAAACAUUUUCAUUAACAGUCGUGCCAUCGGGCUAUGGCCAAUCUGAACUUUGAACAACCGCCACGCAGUAUUGCGAACGCAAGUCUCACUUCACGGGCAGCCGGAGGCGGGGGUUUAAACACGUCGACCCUCGCGGGUCAUGUCACGCCUACCUCGGGCAUGUUCUCAGGGUCAUCUGCAAGCACCUCGAGUACAGCCAAUUCAGCGAUAGUUGCCACUAACGUUUAUCCCGGAGCAUCGGGCUCUGGUGGUGGACAGAAUAGCCAUCAGCAACAGCAGCAACUCUCUCCUAUGGGCAGUAGAGGACUGUUUGGGCAGAGAGCUUUUACAGAUAGACGUACGAUGCCUGCUCUUGGAGCUUCAAAUCCAAUGGGUAGUAUGGGCAGUUUCGGAAUUCCUCCAAGUCGUAAUUACGGAUCUCAAGGUGCGGUUAACAAUUUCCACUCUGUUUUUGGGAGUGGAGGCGGCGGAGAUACAAAUACUCCCCCUCUGUUAGAUCUCUCGGAGUUUCCCUCCCUAACGAAUAGAGGUCAAGGUGAUUCUAUGCCGCAACCUAGUCCCAUGCCAGGGAAACAGCCUUAUGUUGGGAUGGUCAAACAACCGACAUCCGAAUCGAGCGAGUUUACUAUGAGCUCGGAAGAUUUUCCCGCAUUACCAGGUACACAGAAUCGAGAAGGUCCAUCACCCGGUGGCAGUGUGUCUGGUGAUAAAAAUAUACCUGUAGGGCUCGGUCCAGAAAUUGGACAAGACGUAUUGCAGGCAAACAGAGCCCCUGGAUCUGAAAAAUCUCAGUCUUCUAAAAGAGGCAUCCAAACAUCGCCCGAUGGUAAGGUGACAAACAUACCCGCAAGUAUGGUGAAGGAUCAAUUCGGUAUGGUUGGGCUUUUGACGUUUAUUAGAGCGGCGGAGACGGAUCCAAACCUAGUGUCACUGGCAUUAGGUCAAGAUCUUACGGCAUUAGGAUUGAAUUUGAAUUCGCCGGAAAAUCUUUAUCAGAAUUUUGGUGGUCCCUGGGCGGAAACACCUUGUAGACCACAAGAUAUAGAUUUUCACGUACCACCGGAAUAUCUUAUAAAUGCCGCGAUCAGGGAUAAGCUAGCACCAGUUAAACUAAAUCGAUAUAAAGAUGAUCUACUGUUUUAUAUGUUUUAUACAAAUGUUGGGGAUGUAUUGCAAUUAGCUGCGGCGGCAGAAUUGUACAGCAGAGAAUGGCGAUAUCAUAUGGAAGAAAAAGUUUGGAUAACGCAGGCACCAGGUUUGGGAAUUGUAGAAAAGACGUCGACAUAUGAACGUGGUACUUAUUAUUAUUUUGAUGCGCAAAACUGGAGAAAGGUAGCUAAGGAAUUCCAUUUGGAUUACACAAAACUAGAAAGUAGACCUCAUCUUCCCGCGAACUUUCACCAAACUCAGCCUUGACUACAGACUUGUCUGCAGACCAUUGUGCUGUCUUUAAGCUGGAAACGAAUCAGCUAUUGUAUAAAUGAACAAAUUUAAUAAUCUUUAAUAAAAACAUAAAAUUUGAAGAGUAA